CGCCCCUGCCGACGGCGUCGACCUCGAGCACGCAGACGCCGCUGCUACCGUCCAUCUCGACGACCAUCGCCGGGCCGACCGCCGCCGCCGCCGCCCAACCCGCCGCGGCCGCCGGUGCGCCCGACCGCGACCGGCUCUCGGCGUCGCCAGUCGUCACCGGCGCCGGCGCCAAGGGCAAGGCGUCGAAGGGUCGAGGGCGCGGCAAGAGCGACGAGCGCAUGGGCAUGAACGAGGACGAGUGGGAGCGCUCGCGCAAGGACAACCACAAGGAGGUUGAGCGCCGUCGCCGCCAGACGAUCAACGACGGCAUCACGCACCUUGGCGAGCUCCUCCCACCCGACUCCGCCCUCGCCUCGGGGGUCAACAAGGCGCACGUCCUUACGCGCGCGGCGAGCUACAUCACGCAGCUGCGCGAGGACCAGGCGCGCACGAUCGACCAGUGGACGCUCGACAAGCUCCUCGCCGACCAAGGGCUGCGCAACGCGACGGCCGAGAUCGAGCGCCUCCGUCGCGAGAACGACGCGCUGCGCAAGAUGGUCGUCGAGCUCGGCGGGUCGGUCGAGGCGAUCGAGCGGGCGGGAGGAGGUGCGAGCGGCGCGGCGGCGGCGAUGGGAAACGGCGGCGCAAAGCGUGCGGCGCCGGGCGGAGAUGACGGUGGCUCGUCUGAUGGACCGAAGAAGGCGCGCGUUGAGUUGUGAGCAGCGGCGGGACGAAACGCGAGGAGCGAGUCGAGGGAGCGCUUGGGCCUGCAGAAUCCGAGUAGACACUGUUUCUCUUCUGUGCCCUGUUGUAUGUAGCUGUCUGUGCUUC